UCACAAACUCCCAAGGGCAAUAUAGUAAGCUCACCUCCUUCUUCCCUGAAACACUUAAACGUCGCCGUUAAGCUUCCCCCAUCUUCUCCAUUGCCUCAACUUAGAGAGAGAAAAGUCUGCAGUUCUAACUUCUAGGGAGGGAGGGAGAGAGAGAGAGAGAGAGAGAGAGAGAUUUUCUUCGGCUUCUUUUUCUACAUGAAUUGACUGGGCGGUAGUUGUACGGAGAAUUAGGGUUUGACAUUUGAGUUUCCCGGGAACCUACAGAAAAUGGUGGGCACUGCUUCGCUCGGGGGCCUCCAAGACCAUCUGAAGUUGGCGAGGGAGUACGCUCUUGAAGGAAUCUACGAUACCUCCAUCAUCUUCUUCGACGGUGCUAUUGCUCAGAUUAACAAGCACCUAAACUCGCUUGACGACCCUUUGAUUCGUUCAAAAUGGAUGAAUGUGAAGAAAGCCAUUUCUGAGGAAACGGAAGUUGUGAAGCAAUUAGAUGCAGAAAGAAGGGCAUUUAAGGAAAUUCCAACUGGUCGACGCGCUGCUUCCCCUCCCAUACAUUCCAAGUCUUCCUUUGUUUUCCAACCAUUGGAUGAGUAUCCGACUUCUUCAGGUACACAUAUGGAUGAUCAUGAUCCUGAUGUUUGGAGGCCACCAAGUCGUGACACAAGUCGUAGAACUGCAAGGGCUGGCCAAGGUGGUAUGAGGAAGUCGCCACAAGAUGGGGCUUGGGCACGAGGUGGUGCUACGAGACCCGCCCCAAGUGCCCGUGGUGGUGCAAAAUCUGGCGCGUCAAGCAGGAUUAACUCAGGAGUCAGAGCAUCAACUACUGGAAAAAAAGGCACUAGUUCUGGAAAAUCGAGCAGGGGGGAUUCUGCAAAUGGUGAUGCUGAAGAUGGAAAGGGUAAAAAGAAAGAGUACGAGGGACCUGAUCCUGAUUUGGCUGCAAUGCUUGAAAGAGAUGUGCUGGAAACCAGUCCAGGAGUGAGAUGGGAGGAUGUUGCUGGCCUGAGUGAAGCUAAAAGACUUUUAGAGGAAGCUGUUGUGCUUCCUCUGUGGAUGCCAGAAUAUUUCCAGGGAAUUAGAAGACCAUGGAAAGGUGUCCUCAUGUUUGGACCUCCUGGAACUGGGAAGACAUUACUUGCUAAAGCUGUUGCUACAGAGUGUGGCACUACAUUUUUCAAUGUCUCUUCUGCUACAUUAGCUUCAAAAUGGCGUGGAGAGAGUGAGCGCAUGGUACGAUGCUUAUUUGAUCUUGCAAGAGCUUAUGCCCCUAGUACAAUCUUCAUUGAUGAGAUUGAUUCUCUCUGCAAUUCUCGAGGAGCAUCAGGGGAGCAUGAAUCAUCUAGAAGGGUGAAAUCUGAGCUUUUAGUUCAGGUAGAUGGUGUAAACAAUACCUCCACAAAUGAAGAUGGCAGCCGUAAAAUAGUGAUGGUUUUGGCAGCUACUAACUUUCCUUGGGAUAUAGAUGAGGCAUUAAGGAGGAGGCUGGAAAAGAGAAUAUAUAUUCCUCUUCCAAAUUUUGAAAGUCGUAAAGAGCUUAUACGGAUCAACUUGAAAACUGUUGAGGUGGCCACUGAUGUUGAUAUAGAUGACGUGGCUCGCCGAACUGAGGGAUACAGUGGUGAUGAUCUGACGAAUGUCUGUCGAGAUGCUUCCUUGAAUGGCAUGAGGCGCAAAAUUGCCGGAAAAACUCGUGAUGAGAUUAAGAGCAUGUCCAAGGACGAGAUUUCGAAGGACCCUGUUGCCAUGUGUGACUUUGAAGAAGCCUUGACGAAGGUCCAACGGAGUGUUUCUCAAGCUGACAUUGAACGCCAUGAAAAGUGGUUUUCAGAAUUCGGUUCGGCAUAAGACUAGACGAAGAUCGAAGCCAUGAUGAAGAGUGAAAGGUUUUGAAUCCUGACUGCUCCAGCUUGCUGAACUCCGAGUGAGUUUUGUUUGUGUUUACUAAUUGUUUGUGGUAUGUGUAUCUGUAACCAUUCAUGUAAUGUAAUAUUUGUGCUUAUUUCAUUACUAUGAUUUUAUUUGUUGUCGUUAUGAUGAUGAUGAUUAUUAUUAUUAUCAUUAUCAUUUGACAUACUCAUGUCAUGUACACCAAUCAAAUUUCUAAAUUCAAGCAAUGAAUUUACAGUAUUUAUAGAUGGGAAAUCUGGCUAAUCAACGGUUGGUUCGCCUUAAUGGGAAAGAGUUUUUGUUGCUUGGCA